AUGGAGUUCAAUAGGGAUGAGGAUCGGAUAAUGAACGAUUUGUCGAAAUCAGCGGUUCGGUGGGCCCUUAGGUAUAAAUCAGAAAACCGGGAACGAGAUUUGAAUUGAAGGAGCUCGGAGAUGUAUGAGGGACGGUGGGAUUGGAUGACUUGA